CCUCCCUCCCAUUUCCACUUUUUUUUAUCAUUCUUUUUGUUUCUUGCAUCAAUUUUCUAACGGUGCUGAAUCUCAUCCUUCCCACGUCGAUCUUGAACAGCUCCUCCGUCUCAUCAAGGUGUUGCCACAAUGCCGCACUCCAGAGAGGCUUGCCUAGCAUAUCUGCAGCAAAGCAUCAGGAGACACAGGCUUGAGCGAUUCUUCACGGACCCCCAGGUCGUUGAGAAUAUUGCACAGAAUGCAGAGCAAAAGCUGAGCGAUUGGCGCGACCGCGUCGAGGAGUUUUUCUCAGCGGAGGAGAUGAGUGAGUAUGCUUACUCAAUGCUGCUCUUGUCUCUCUACCAGAUCCACAUCUUGCUUGAUGACUCUGGAUCCAUGUUUGAGGAAGAUCGCAUCAGAACCGCGCAAUCGACUAUUCGUAACAUCGUCGAUAUUGACUGUGCCAUCAUCGAGAAAGGGAUUCGUCUCCAUCUUCUCAAUGGCGAGGACCCUAAAGAAGUCAUCAACUCGGUCGACGACUUCAACAGGUGGUCGGAAGCUGUCGAAUAUGGAGGGUCCACCCGGCUGGGCACGGUCUUGAGAGCCAAGAUCUGGUCGAAGAUCGUGGAAGACCCAGCCAAAUUUGCGAGACCCUGCUUGGUUUAUGUCAUCACUGAUGGCGAGCCCACGGCAGAGCCCAGAAGCGCCUUGAAGGAGUCAGUGUUAAAGUGCAAGAAUGAUCUCGCCGCCAAUAGUUACAGUCCAGCGGCAAUCGCCUUUGGAAUCGUCCAGGUGGGGACAGACGAAGGUGCCCGGGAAUUCCUGGAUGAGCUUGUGCAAAUCCAAGAAUUGCAAGAUCACCUCGAUGUGGUUAACCAGAACUCUAUACUCGAGAACCAUUUCCGCGAGACCCAUGGAAAGCCCAAGGAGCUCGAGAGUACACUAGCCCUGAAACUUCUUGUUGGCGCUAUUGACAGAACCGGCUCCUCCUGAAGUUGCAAUCGAGGGCGCCACAUGCAGGCUGGUUAGCGCGUUGGUAAGCAUGGAAAGUGUGGAUUCCAGCUUGACCAGUUUCGAGAAGAGGUCUGCAGUACCCCCCGCUUGGACAGAAGAGGAACGACGGAGAAAAUUCAUCGGGAAUCCCGGGUGUCUUCAGUACAAGAGCUUUUGCUGGUCUGGAGGUCUGGAAAAGAUGAGGGGGAAAAAAACAAUUUCCUGGGUAUGAUUCACCGCGACAGGCUAUUCUAUAUUCUUCUAUACUGUCGCUUCUCGAGUUGUAGAUCCUACGGAGGUUGAAUUCCUCUAACACAGGAGUUUAGGACUUGUGAAAAAGUAAACGUCGCUUAAUUGCAAGAGUCCAAAACCAUGUCAAUCGUCCCAAAAGUCCUUUCCGCCAUAUUUA